CACAGAACCAGGAAACAGGAAACACGUGCGUUCAGGGCAAACUGAAGUGUGGUUGAGCUAUUGAGAGUUUGUGUCUCUGUUUUCAUGCAGUAAAAUGGCCGAAGCCAGAGUUUUUCAAGAUGAGUUCUUGUGUCCAAUGUGUCUGAAUCUCCUGAAGGAUCCAGUGGCUAUUCCCUGUGGACACAGUUACUGUAAGAGCUGUAUUACAGGCUACUGGGAUCAAGAGGUUCAGAAUAGAGUCAGCUGCCCUCAGUGCAGACAGACCUUCAGUCCAAGACCUGCUUUAGCUACAAACACCAUCUUGGCCGAAGUAGUGAAGAAACUGAAGAAGAGGAAACAUCCUGCUGACUGUGAUACUGGAGCUGGAGGUGUGCAGUGUGACGUCUGUACUGGAAGAAAAUGCAAAGCCAUCAAGUCCUGUCUGGUGUGUCAGGAAUCUUACUGUCAAACGCAUUUUGAGCGUCAUGAGGAGUUUCAUUCACAUAAGCCACACAAAGUGACCGAUGCCACUGGGCGACUGCAGGAGAAUAUCUGCCAGAAACAUGAUAAGAUCCUUGAGAUUUUCUGUCGCACUGACCAGAAAUGUAUUUGUAUGCUGUGUACGAUGGAUGAACAUAAAAACCACGACACUGUAUCAGUUGCAGCACAGAGGACAGAGAAACAGAAGCAGCUGAAGGAGACGCAGAAGACGCUCCAGCAGAGAAUCCAGCAGAGAGAGAAAGAUCUCCAGCAGCUGAGAGAGGCUGUGAAGUCUCAUAAGCGCUCUGCACAGACAGCAGUGGAGGACAGUGAGAGGAUCUUUACUGAGCUCAUCCGCUCCAUUGGGAGAAGCCAAUCUGAGCUGAUACGGCUGAUCAGAGAUCAGGAAAAGCACGCAGUGAGUCGAGCUGAAGGACGACUGGAGCGACUGGAGCAGGAGAUCAAUGAUCUGAGGAGGAGAGACGCUGAGCUGGAGCAGCUUUCACACACACAGGAUCACAUCCAGUUCCUGCAGAGUUUCCAGUCUCUCUCAGCACCUCCUGAAUCUAAAGAUGUAAAUGAGAAACCCUUCAGUUCUCUCGUCUCUUUUGAUAAUCUGAGAGAAUCUGUUCAUCAGCUGAGAGACAAACUGGAGGAUUUCUGCAAAGAGGAGCUCAAGGAGAUCUCAGACAGAGUCACAUUCACCAGGAUCAGGAACAACUUCCUACACUAUUUCCAUCGGCUCACUCUGGAUCUGAACACAGUGAAUAGACGCCUCUGUCUGUCUGAGAGGAAAAGAGUUAUUACUUACACUGACACAGUUCAGUCGUACCCUGAUCAUCCAGACAGAUUUGAUUGUGUGUCUCAGGUGUUGUGUAAAGAGAGUGUGUGUGGAUGCUGUUACUGGGAGCUGGAGUGGAGUGGAAUGGGUGGCGUGAGGACAUCAGUGUCAUAUAAGAGCAUCAACAGGAAGGGAGAGGGCAAAGAGUGUUGGUUUGGAUCUAAUGAUCAGUCCUGGAGUUUGAUCUGCUCUUCCUCCAGUUACUCAUUCAGACACAAUAACAUAGAGACUGAUCUCCCUGUGAAGCCCAUCAGCCGUAGAAUAGGAGUGUAUGUGGAUCACGGUGCAGGAACUCUGUCCUUCUACAGCGUCUCUGACACAAUGAGCCUCAUCCACACAGUCCAGACCACAUUCACUCAGCCGCUCUAUCCGGGGUUUUUGGUUAAUUAUAAAUCAUCAGUGAAACUGUGUCAGGGUUCGUGCCCUUUUUUACCAAUAAAUUUCAAUGACUUUUCCAAGACUUUUAAGACACAUUCAUGACCUAAUUUUCCAUUAUUUUACAAUUAGAAUACAAAUCGAUUCAAAUUUAUCAUAGCAUAUGUUCACUAAAAUAAACAAUAAUGAAUGCUACUUGUUUGAUUUUGAUUUGUUUUAAUAAUGAGUACAAGGUACAACUGCACUAGUUGUUACUGUCACGCCCCUGGACUGUUUCGUUGUGGGUUUUGCUCCCCAUGUGUUCCCUGUGACCCAGUUUCUCCCCAGUCUGACUGUUAAUUUGAUUCCAGGUGUGUCUCCUUAGUUCACACUGCAGGCUAAAGUGGCCCAAAUCCAACUUUUUUGCCAAAUGUGACCCAUAUCUGAUUUUCUUAUGACAGUCUGAACAGCACAAAUCAGAUUUUUCUCAAAUCAGGCCCAGGCCACUUUCAUAUGUGGUCCUAAAUCGGAUACAUAUCCGAUGUUUUGCAAUGCGACUUAAGUCUGAACGGCCAUGUCACAUUUCAUGCGAUUUUUACGUCAUUGAAAUGCGCCAGACGUCACAGUUCUGCGCUGGAGGAAAUGGUGCUCUCCUUUUUCUUAAUGUUCUUCUUCUUAUCACUUCGUUAUUUAGGCUCCGAUUGCACAUUAACUUAAAAAUUGCUAAACACAGGCUAACACGAGCAGCAUCCAUUUUUAUUUCCAUGCGUCUGACGUCACGUCUUCUUCUGCGCAUGCGGGUCACUUCAGGGCCGUAUACGGUUCACACAUGAGACUGAUGGCUGUCGCAUUUAAAUGACAAUGUGAACAACAGCGCAAAAAAUCUGAGCAUUAAGACCUGCAGUGUGAACUAAGUCGUUCCCUCGUUAAAACUCAAAAAUCUGCUGAAGCUGGUUGCCUUAAAAUUUUAAGUUGGUUCAACUUUUUUUUUUUUUUACAGUGUAGUGUUUGUCGGUUCUUGAACGUCUUUCUCUGUGUCUUCUACGUGUUUGGAUUAAUAAAGACUGUGUU